CAACUUUAGAGGCGGAGGAGCGGAAGCCAUCCCUCUUCCUGCAGGAUUUAUGGUCCAAAAUUGACAAAAGGCUCGUUUUGACCAGAUAGAAAUGGCACUUUCAAACGGAAAAUAUUGGAAAGAAAGGAAAGCAAGAAAUCCAGGACGGAAUGAUGGCAGGAGACAGUCCCCAAACUACUUUUUGGCCAUACAAAUUACCGAGGAAGAGAUAAUACAAAAAGUAAAAGAGAUUCAGGACAUCAUUUUAGAUAAAGAAAGGAACCUGUCUCACGCGAUGAUAGAUAUACCCACCCUCCACCUCACACUUGGUGUUUAUUACCUGGGGGAUAGAGCAAGUGUCUUGCAGGCAGCAGAGUCUCUAAACAGAUUUCACGACAAGCUGAAAGUUUCGGAUUUUGCACCACCUUCUUUCACCGUUUCCACAUUGGGAAAUUUCAAUCACAAAGUUGUUUUCGCAUCAUUUGCAGAUGACCAAGGACUGAAAGACCUUAACACCCUCGCCAGAGAUGUUAAAAAAUCACUCGAAGAUGAUGGAUUGUUUACCACAGAUGAUAAAUUCAACCCACAUAUAACCAUCUGCAAGAUGUCUCGAGAUAUGCCUAGACUUCGAAGAUUAGGAAUCAAAAGAAUUGAGCCUUCGCAUUAUGAAGAAAAGAAAUACACAUAUUUUGGAAAACAGACAGCUGGAGGUAUCCAACUUUGUUCAAUGGUGGAACCGAGAUCAGAAUCCGGAUACUAUCAUAUCGAACAUGAAAUCAAAUUUUGAUUCUUGAGGACAUGCAAGAUCAUAAAAACUCAAAUGUGAAUUUAUAUAUAAGUACAUGUAUGUUUAAUAGUGGUAACUCGUAUCGAUAAAGAUCUACAAGGACAGAAAUGAGAGCUGAUAAGAUGUAUUAUAUGCAGAAAGUACAAACAUGACACCUGAAAUAAAUGUAGUUUUAAGUA